AUGUGCCUUUUCAGACGUGGAAGCAAGAUGAAGCUAAAAUUCGUGCUGGUAAUAUUCUUUGCCGCUUUAAUUAUAAUCUUUGCUUGGUAUUACGUCAACACUGGGCAAAACCCUGUGGUAGAUAUUAAAAGUAAAGUAAUUUCAUUGGUGGACAAGUAUUAUGAACAUAUGGUCAGCGAUUAUAGCAAAACACAAACGCCUGAGCCGGCCGAUUAUAUUAUUCAUCCUGAAAAUGAUGAAAAGGAAACGGAAGAUGAUGUUGACGAGAGAGGGGAAAUAACGGAGAUCAAGACGGACACGGAUUCCAGUGAACCUUCAGGGAAAGAAGCGAGCACUAUUGAUAAACAGAACCAAGACACGAGAUCAAACAAAAAGCCUUUAGACCAUGAAACAGGUCAUACUACACUUAUAAACACUCGCCCGAACGUUGAAAUGAUGAACGCCCUGCGUGCAAACCCUGGUACGCUUUCGUACAGUGAAGGCUUUCUCGAGAACGCAAGGAUGACGUUCUAUAGAGAGGCAAGACCGAGUAACAGUUCAAAAGAAACCAUUACAGUUUUGUUCCUACAUGGAAAUGGAAUGACUUCAGCUGUAUGGAUUAAUAUUGGCACAUUUCAAAUCUUAGGAGAAAUGGGGUAUCGAGCUCUAGCUCUAGAUCUACCAGGCCACGGCAAUUCCAAUAAUGUACAUAUACCAUACUCGCACGAGGAAAUCUUGGGGUACAUGACAAAUUUAUUAGCUGCCCUAAAGCUUCAUCUGCCCGUCUUAGUGUCUCCAUCUAAAAGCGGUGAGUAUGCUAUGCCGUUACUAAUGGCAUAUCCACAUGUUCUCCGCGGAUUAGUAGCCAUUGCACCGUCCGAUACAUCACACUAUUCAAUCAGUGACUAUCGAAAACUUACUGUUCCGCUGCUGGUUAUGUUUGGCGAGAAAGACGACACAAUGCUCAAACCGUCGUCACUUGAUAGUUUGUUUUACGUUCCCCAACGCAAGAUUUACAUGAUAAAAAACACGACACAUUCUUGUUACGUUGAUCACCCUCCAACUUUUCAUAAGCUGUUACUACAGUUUUUGGAUCAACUGAAAAAAUAA